GAAAACAAUGCCGAUUGCACAUGCCGAACAUGAAGGGCAAGGGCCCCCUCCCUGUACAUUGAUGGCUAGCGUCGAUGAGCUCCAGCCACCAAGCCUCCAGUGUGUGUCGGCUUAAAUCUCCUGCCAAUCCAUCGCUCACGCCUGAAGAUUUCCAUUAGACCCCUCCGAUUACUACUGAAUGGUUAAUGGAGAUGGAGUUGGACAUGGCGCCGACCCCAUCUCAGUCGAUCCACAUCGAGCCUGAUCCAAACUCCGACGAUUCUUUGUGGAUUACUAGCGAGCUGCGCGACCCUGACACGGAUUCCCUGCAAUCAUUGACAUCGAGUGUGCUUGCGUAUGAGUACCGGAAUGGUCGUCGAUAUGCGGUUUAUGGAUCCGGUCGAUAUGUGUUACCAAAUGACGAGUCUGAGUGUGACCGUAUCGACCUGUUGCAACAUAUCUUCGGUAUGCUGUUCGGGGGCCGACUUGUGUUCGCACCGAUCCCUAGUCCACAGCGGAUUCUGGACGUCGGGACAGGAACAGGUACUUGGGCAAUAGAUGUGGCAACGAUGUAUCCUAGAGCGCAAGUCACAGGAACGGAUAUGUCAGCUCAUCAACCCUCAUGGGUACCACCAAACCUAAGCUUCAUCAUCGACGACGCAGAGCUCGAAUGGAGCUACAGUAGCCAGUUUGACCUAAUCCACAUGCAGGGCCUAAAUGGGGCAAUUCGCGACUGGCCUCGCUUAUUCAAACAAGCCUAUGACCACCUGGCUCCAGGCGGCUACCUUGAAGUGAAAGAUACCGAUUUCAAGGCCACCUGCGAUGACAAUACUAUCCCCACGACAUCGAGCCUUCGGACGUGGGAGAAUGAGUGCGUCAGGGCGUGCACACUGCUCGAUCAAACCUUGACUGCUCCAGCCCACGUCAGAAGGUGGAUGGAAGCGGCCGGGUUUCUGGACGUAGAGGAACGACUCUUUCGACUACCUGUGAAUAGUUGGCCGAAAGACCCUGAGCUGAAGGAGAUUGGCCGAUUUCAGAAUUUCCAGUACAUGCAAGCUCUGUCCCCCUAUGCUCUGGGUUUGCUGGUCGAAGUGCUUGGCUGGGCGCGAGAGGAGACGGAGGUGCUCCUGGCAGGUGUCCGGGAGAACUUGAGGGAUCGACGGUUGCAUGGCUAUCAUAUUGUACGGGUCGUGACGGGUCGGCAUCCCUGAGGAAAUCCCAAUGCCUUCAUUUACAGUUCCGAAGAACCGACCAAGGUGCCCGGACGACGUGCCAUUAGAGAAGAAUCCC